AUGCUUUCUGUAGCGGAUAACACGUCCCAUUCCCGUUUUCACGGUGGGAAUUUCUCCCACAACGUAUCGUUAAUAAUCGAUUCCCAGCAGGAGAACUAUUCGGCCAUUAACACUGCUCUCCCGUAUCUGCUCAUCUUGCUUUCCAUCGCCACCACAGCCAGCAAUAUAGUUAUUAUAGCAGCUUUUUUAGUGAACCGGCAUCUGCGGACACCUUUUAACUGCUACCUGAUAUCCUUGAUUGUGUCUGAUAUUGGCCAAUCGGCAUUUGAUCUGCCUUUUAUGGUGGCUAGCCUCUUCCAACCAGUCUGGAUAUUUGGCCGAACAGCUUGCAAUUUUAACUUGUACGUUAAAUGGGUGUUUGCCGGUGUUGUGCGCAAUACGCAUGCGCUGAUUAGCCUUAACAGGUUCUGUGCGCUCUUCUGGCCAAUCAUUUACAAGCAGUACCACACCAAAACAACAGCCAUCUGGUUAUGCAUAGGAACAUGGGUGUAUGUUCAUAUCUGGCUGAUGCCGGGAAUGGUGCCGGAUGCAAGAGGGUUGCGAAAGGAUGACGGAACCUGCUUUGUUAAUACUACAGCACAGCCAGUAUGGGCAAUGGCUACUCAGUGGUGCUUAUAUAACUCAACUCUUGUUGUUAUUACGAUUACCUAUCCGUUCAUAUGGUGGAAAAUUCGAAUGCGUCAAAAACUGGUUACUCCAGUAGGUCAAGUUCGUACUGGGCAACGACACGGCAGCUUAAAGAUGAAUACUGUCUAUCAGGGUCCGUCUUGCGCCAACCCAAGCAGCACCGGGAACGACUUGAAACUAACUUUGACCGAUGAAGACGGUGGCGAAGGUGAAGACAUCGCGGAACCACCGGAUAAAUACUCACCCACACACAAACCUAGCGUGCCCAUCGAACACGCCGCCGUCCAUCCAAAACGGUCUCAGAGUUUCGCCGUUCUGACGUACCUCGUUCUCGGUGUCAUCUUUUGCUGGACUCCCAUCAUGACGUUCUUCACACUGGCGGACUUUAUGGACUAUGACAGCCAUUUGCACUUCGUCAUUGGAUCGUUGCUCUACUACCUUAAUUCGCUAUUGGAUCCGUUCUUUUUCUGCAUUGCCAUAAAGCCGCUGCGGAUGACCGUACUGGCCAUACUACAAGGACGCACCAAAAGAACAAAGUAG